GCUUACACAGGGCAAAAAUCUUAUUCUUGUAAAAUUUGUGAUAAAAUCUUUUCUCAAAACAGUAACUUGAUGAGACACAUGAUAACUCACACAGGACAAAAACCUUUCACUUGUUCAACCUGUGGGAAAAGUUACAUACAAAAGGCUGGUUUAAUUUGUCACAUGAGAAUUCACACAGGUGAGAAGCCUUUUUCCUGUGGGACUUGUGGAAAAAGUUUCACCAAAAAAGACACUUUAAAAGUUCAUAUGAGAAGUCACACAGGUGAGAAGCCUUUCUCUUGUGGGACCUGUGGAAAAAGUUUCAUCUGUAAAGGCCAAUUAAAUGUACAUAUUAGAAAUCACACAGGUAAAAAGCCUUUCUCAUGUGUGACUUGUGGAAAAGGUUUUCGAAGCAAAUAUGAGUUACAGAGUCACAUGAAGAUUCACACAGGUGAAAAGCCCUUUUCUUGUGUAAAUUGCGGAAAAAGCUAUCGAAUGAAGUGUUAUUUGCACAGUCACAUGAGAAUUCACACAGGUGAAAAGCCCUUUUCUUGUGUAAAUUGCAGAAAAAGCUAUCGAAGCAAAUCUAAUUUAAAUCGUCACAUGAGAAAUCACACAGGUGAGAAGCCUUUCUCAUGUGUGACUUGUGGAAAAGGUUUUCGAAGCAAAUAUGAGUUACAGAGUCACAUGAAGAUUCACACAGGUGAAAAGCCCUUUUCUUGUGUAAAUUGCGGGAAAAGCUUUAAAAGCAAAUCUAAUUUAAAUUGUCACAUGAGAAAUCACACAGGUGAGAAGCCUUUCUCAUGUGUGACUUGUGGAAAAAGUUUUCGAAGCAAAUAUGAGUUACAGAGUCACAUGAAGAUUCACACAGGUGAAAAGCCCUUUUCUUGUGUAAGUUGCGGGAAAAGCUUUAAAAGCAAAUCUAAUUUAAAUUGUCACAUGAGAAUUCACACAGGUGAGCUUAAUUUCUCAUGAACAAGCUGAUAAAAGUUAUUUUUCUAUAAAUGGCAAAUAACUUAUCACAUGAAGACUCACACAGGUAGAAAGCCUUUUUCUUGUGUGACUUGUGAAGAAAGCUUCCGCAGCAAAUUUAGUUUAAAUCGUCACAUGAUGUUUCACCGGUGAGGAGCCUUUCUCAUGUAGCCUGUGGAAAAAGUUUCACUCAAAAAAAAAAAAAGAGUUUAACUGUA